GGUGCCUGAAAGGUCCCAUCUCUAAAACAACCUUAUGGCCGCGAAACGACCAUAAUUUCUGAGCAUUUUGCAAUUAUUGCGAUCAACCGCGAAUCAAAUGAGGUACAUCCAGGUGCACCUGCCUUCUCUUCAUCUAUAGUUUGAGUUGUUGCAGCCGGAAGCAUGUCAGAUUCAACAAUAUUUUCCUUUGACUCCACUGCUGAAUCGUUCGUUCUUGGCCACUCAUCGGACAGCGACGUUUCCAACUCCAGCGCUACGUCUAGCCUCAGUGCAUCAGCGGCAUCCAAUUCAUCGGCGGCAUCCAAUUCAUCGGCGGCCUCCAAUUCAUUGGCGUCCUCCAAUUUACCUGCAGCAUCCAAUUCAUCGGCUUCCUCCUAUUUAUCUGCAGCAUCAAUCUCUUCGGCGGACUCCAAUUGGUCUCCAAAUUUAUUCCUGGAAACCAAUUCAUCCUUGGAACACCAUUCUUUCUCGGAACACCAUUCAUCGCCGGAAAUUAAUUCAUCCUCGGCAUUUAAUAUCACCGACACUUCCGCUGGCGGAUCAAACAUCCUGAAUUCUACACAGGAAGAUCGCUCUUUGAAUAUGAUCCGCGAUGAAUCACAGUCCCUGGUCAACUUGUCCGUUCCAGACGACGAUGUUCCCUCGCAGAUAAGAUUACUAUCGCGGAAUAUGUCAGAUUUUGAAGCCGAAUUAGAUGGCAUAAACCGCUAUUGCAAUCGUGUGGACCAGAACAACAUUUCACCAGCAUCUACCUCAACACCAACAGUUGUGCGUGGCAAUCGUCGCAGGAGUGCCAUCAGUCCAGUGGAAGUGAUAGAUUUGUCCCAUCUGGAACUGGCGCCUCCAAUUCGAUCAGCCCGUUAUCGUGCUCCCGACGCUGUUAUCGACUUGUGCACUCCCGAUGGAACAAGACGCCGUUUAGAGACUCAUUCGAACGACUCGCCUACCGUUCACAGCCGUCGGCCUAUCCUUGCUCGGCGCCUCGAAAAUUCUCCAGUAGUGGAUCUCGACGAUGUGUCGCCACCCAAACGCGCCCACCGUGAUCCCGAGAUGUCCCAGAGGGAGGACUCCUACAAAUGUCCGGUCUGCAUGGAAAGUGUGAGCAAGCGCGAGCCGGUGUCAACAAAAUGCGGACACGUUUUUUGCCGAGAAUGUAUCCAAACUGCCAUCAGCUCCACGCACAAGUGCCCGAUGUGCAACAAAAAGCUCACAGCACGUCAAUAUUUUCGCAUUUAUCUGUGAGUUGCUUAUCUACUACUUUAAUUUAAUUUGCUCUGUGAGCUACAUUUAAAUUCCUAAUAAACUCCUAAUAAUUAAUUUUAUAUAGUUGGUUAAAAUGAUUGACCUAUAAAAAUGUUAAAGACGGCAAAUGAAUGUCCGAUCUUGUAACUUACACAAAAUUAUUUUUAAGUUACCAUUUGUAAUCCAUUCCGCCAAAAAUAUAAUCAUUAUUACAAGUUUGUGAAAUUAAUAAUGGCCUAGUUAUGAAUCGAACCAUUCUCAGGUUAAAGUAAGAAAUGAAGACCGAUUGCGAUGGUCAAAACUUUAUUUUUCAGGAAUUAUUAAAUGUUGUUUAACAAUGUAAAUAUAUUUUUUUUUAAUAAAUUAGUCACAUUUAACUGACUCUGAGACAUUCGUCAGAUCCAGCAA